AUGAAUACUUUGGAAUUCUUUGUACCUCCGAAGAAUUUUUCAACUAUAUUAUCACAACCUAAAUUUUAUGAAGCUGAUAUAAAAUUAUCUAUAAAACCAUCUUUAAUUCCGGGACUUCCUGAUGGUAUAUUAGCACUAAUAGUUCCAAUAGUUGCCUAUUGGUCAUACGCGACAUUCUUCCAUAUUAUUGAUGUUUAUGAAUUGGCUGAGAAAUAUAGAAUACAUCCAAGUGAAGAAGAACAACUGAGAAAUAAAGCAACUUUAGAUGAUGUAGUUAAAGAUGUCAUAUUACAACAUGUAGUUCAAACAGUAGUAGGCUUUGUGGUAUUUUAUUUCGAUCCUGUCCCACAAACUGGCCAUGAAUUAUAUGAAAUGUGGAGUUUAAGACAAAAUUACAUACCCAGCUUUAUUCCUGAUGUCUUUGUAUAUUAUGGUUAUAUGUAUGGAUGGUCAUUAGUAAGAAUAACUUUCGCUUUUCUUAUAAUUGAUACAUGGCAAUAUUGGUUACAUAGAAUCAUGCAUGUUAAUAAGUAUUUAUACAGAAGAUUUCAUUCAAGACAUCAUAGAUUAUAUGUUCCAUAUGCUUAUGGUGCUUUAUACAAUGAUCCAGUAGAAGGUUUCUUAUUAGAUACUUUAGGUACUGGACUUGCUAAUAUUAUUACUAAAUUAUGUCCAAGAGAAGCUAUCGUCUUGUAUACAUUUGCUACUUUAAAAACAGUUGAUGAUCAUUGUGGAUAUCGAUUACCAUUUGAUUUAUUUCAAAUAAUUUUCCCAAAUAAUUCCAUUUAUCAUGACAUUCAUCAUCAAACUUGGGGUAUUAAAAAUAAUUUUUCUCAACCAUUCUUUACUUAUUGGGAUAAAUUAUUUGGAACCGAAUAUAAAUUUGUUGAUGAAUAUAAGCAAAUGCAAGAUCACAUUACUUUAACAAGAUAUAGAGAAUUUUUGGCUACAAAGACUAAGAGUAAAUGGACCUUUAAUGACGAUGGUGAAUCUGAAUCUAAAAAGGAUAGAUAA